AUGUGUGUUCAACUUAUCACAGAAUCAGUGUUAGAUGGGCAGUGUUUAGAAGAAGAUGAAGAAUGUGCUGUUGCUUUGUCAGAGAGAACACGAGAAAAUUCCAAGGCUCGUUUAAAUGCAGCAGCCCAGAGAGCAGGAGGGAAGCUUGGAACUGAUGUUAUAAAAAGUGAAGACAAAGAAGGAAAAAACAGCAAGACCACACAAAAGAAAUCCGAGAAAGAAAGGCCUUCAAAAAGAACGAAGAGGAACAUAGGACAUGACAGUGAAAAGCGCUACCGAGCGACAUUUGAUAAGUCACAGAUCUACGAGAUGGAAAGAGCGUUUCUCCUUAACCACUACCCUGAUGUAGCGGCGAGAUCUGAACUGUCUAACAGCACUGGAUUGUCAGAAGCACAGGUUCAGAUUGCAACGAAUUGA